AUUGAGUUUCAUGUUGAUGGAUCUUGACGUUGGCAACCUGAUGUUUUUUACCUUUAAUUAAAUUAAAUUAAUUAGUUGAUCUUUCGUAAUUUAUUUUCAAUUUUUGUUUUAAUUGGUGGUUAAUCAACUGUUCCACCACUGACCCACCUAAUAACCAUGUCGUCUGCUGGUUCAUUUGAGUAUCAGGCUCACAAAGAAUCAGCCAAUUUAGAGAUAAAUGAAAACAAUGAUUAUACAAACUAUGGUGGAGGUGGAAAUGAUAACUAUUCAAGUUAUGGUAACUCAACAAAUAAUUACACAAGUAAUUUUACUCAAAUGGAUAGUGCCUCAAUUAUACCCGCUUUUCCGUCACGAAAUGAUGAUCUUAAAUCAAUGUUGGAAAAUAACAAAGAUGGACCCAAAGUGGAGGCGAUGAAACGAUUAAUAUCAAUGAUAGCCAAAGGUCGAGCCUCAUCGGACACAGCGGCAAGAGAACUGUUUCCCCAUGUGGUCAAAAACGUGGUGACCAAAAACGCAGAGCUUAAAAAAUUGGUCUACCUUUACCUGACCCGUUACGCUGAACAGGAACAAGAUUUGGCACUUUUAUCAAUCUCGUCUUUCCAGAGAUCAUUGAAAGAUCCUAAUCCAUUGAUACGAGCCUCUGCUCUUCGGGUUCUCUCAUCGAUUCGAGUUCCCAUGAUAUCACCAAUCAUGUUGAUCGCAAUUAAAGAUUGUUCCAAUGAUAUGUCAGCCUAUGUGAGGAAAACUGCAGCUCAUGCGAUCUCUAAAUUAUACCAUUUGGAUCCCGAUUUAAAGGAAGAGAUUAUUUCAGUAAUUGCUCGUUUACUUCAAGAUAAAACUUCACUUGUUUUGGGUUCAGCGGUCGCUGCUUUCGAGGAAAUUUGUCCUGAACGUUUUGAUCUGAUACACUCCAAUUAUCGGAAAUUUGUCUCCCUCAUGCCCGAUUUUGAUGAAUGGGGUCAAGUUAUUUUAAUCAACAUGUUAAUUCGUUAUGGUCGGACACAGUUUUUAGAUCCAAAUGUCCGUUCAAAUAAAGGGGAAGUAGGAGAAGAAGGUGAUGAUAAAGAAGGAGAAAACGAUGAAAUUAAAGAUUCCGGUGAUAUGGGUGGUCUUGUUUACCUUGAUUCUGACCAUCGAUUAUUAUUGAGAAACGCAAAACCAUUAUUACAAUCUCGAAACUCGGCUGUGGUCAUGGCAGUUGUGCAAUUAUAUUUAGCAUUGGCACCCGAUUCGGAAGUAAACUCACUCAUUGUUAAACCUUUAAUACGUUUACUUCAUUCUCACCCGGAAAUUCAGAUUAUCGUUCUAACCAAUAUUGUUACCCUGACCGGAACUUGUCUACCAAGUAAUGGUAUCUCCAAGCCUAUGAAGCCACUUUUUGAACCUUAUUUAAAAUCGUUUUUCAUAAAAUCUCGUGAUUCAACACAAGUGAAAAUACUUAAACUUUCCAUUCUUACCAAUCUAUCAAGUUCAUCCAAUAUACCAUUGAUUCUGAGGGAGUUUCAGGCGUACAUUUAUAAUUAUCAAGCGGACAUGGAAUUUGUUUCAGCCACAAUUCAGGCAAUCGGUCGAUGUGCAUCAAGAAUCAAAGAAGUUGCCCUAAUCUGUUUGAAUGGAUUAAUUAAACUUCUAUCCAAUCGUAAUGAGGCCAUUGUUGCUCAAAGUAUUAUCGUCAUACGAACACAAAUUAUUCGUAAAGAGAAAGAGAAACAAUUGGAUAAAGAAUCAUCAUCAUCAUCAUCACCAAAAAAGGAAGGAGUUGCUACGAAAAAUGACAAAUAUAAUGACGAUGAUGAUGACGAAGAUGAAGAUGAAGAUGAAGACUCAAUGGAUUCAAGUACUAAAGCCGAUUCAAUAGUUACCAUGAUAAUCAAACAAGUUAUUCGUUUAAUUGAUAAAAUUGAAACUCCUCAUGCUCGGGCUACUAUAUUAUGGAUAUUAGCUGAGUUUUGUGAUAAAAAUGACAAAUCAUUACAAGUUUCACCUGAUGUAUUACGUUUAAUUGCGAAAACUUUCUGCAAUGAAUCAAAUCUAGUUAAAUUGCAGGCAAUGAAUUUAGCCUCUAAAUUGUAUUUAAAGGUAAUCAUUGGAGAAAGUGAGGUUUUCACCGAGAAAGAGAAAAUCCGAAUCAAAGCUUUGGUUAAUUAUGUUUUUAAUUUGGCAAAAUAUGAUGUUAAUUAUGAUGUUCGUGAUAGAGGAAGAUUUUUGAAACAAUUGAUGAAUAAAUGUGAUUCCCAGGAGGGUAACAUUUUAACCAAUAGGAUACUCAUGUCACCCAAAGUUUCAAUCAACCAAACGGAAAGUGAACAAUCAGAAUCAAUUGUAGAUUAUUCAUCUAAAUUUAGAAUUGGAACUUUAUCUCAUUUUCUUGAUAAAAGAUUAACUGGUUAUGAAGAGUUACCCGAUUUUCCAACUGAACAGCCAGAUACAAGUGUCCGUCAGCGACCAGGAGCUGAAGAGGUCGUUUUAAAGAGAGUUCCCUUCGAACUUGUUAAAAAGGAUUCGACGAAAAGAGAUGAUGACAAUUUCUACAGUGACAGUAGUGAUUAUGGCGAAGAGGAAGGAGAAGAAGAGGAGGAAGAAGAAGAUGAUGACAGUGAUGAAGAUUCAGAUGAAGAUUCCGAUGAAGAUGAUAGUGAUGAUGAUGAUGACGACGACGACGAUGAUGAUGAUGACACUGAAGAUGAAGAAACUGAAACUGAAAAUGAAAGUGAAAAAGGAGUUGAAGACAAAAAUGAUUACGAGCAAGUUGAUGAUGGAGAUGAUGAUGUCAACGAUGAUAAAGAAGAUGAUGAUAAUGAAUCAGCUGAUAAUGAAGAUAAUAUCGACACCAAUGGUACUAAAAGUGAUCCCACCGUUAAAUCACCAACCACCGCCAACAAUAAAGAUAUUGAAUCCAUGAAGAAAGGAUUGGAUAAGCUAAAAGUUUCCGGAAAUGAUGAAAACAAUACCAAUAGUUGAACGGAAAUUGUUGAAGUAUUUUUUUUUAUCAUCACUAAAUCAAAUUAAAUUGUAAAAAUCAACAACCACAAGCAACAACAACAACAAUAGAGAAAAACAAAACAAUCAAGUAAUUGAUUAAUUAAUUACCCUAAACAAAAAUAAACAUGAACCUUAAACAUAACAAAA